CGCUAACAUGCACCUAGCCGCCUAGCAUAACACACCUAGACAGAGAGGUAGCAAGGAGUACAAAUAAUCCCAACUUUUAGGGAAAACAAAGAAAUGAGUGAAGAAAGGUUAAGGGUGCUUCUUGACUACUUGGUAGUGAAGGAGCGUCUACUUUUGUGACCACUGAGUAGAGGAGAGUCACACUAGCAAGUGGCCAUGCAUCCCUUUGGCUGUGAGGCGGAGACCUCACUUCAGGACCUGUUUGGCUACUUCAAGAAGUGUCUGCAGCAUGGAGAGUGGGAGCUGGCAAGUGCUUGUGUGCCACAGCUGGUGAACUCUUCAGGAGGACUCUCAGAAAACCUGCAGGACAUAAUCAAAGCUAUUGUUUGUCAUCCUUACAGUUUAAAAUGGGAGUCUGUGGGCAGUCCACACAAACUGGCUUGGUAUUGGCUUCAGGUCUUGGAGAAACGAACAGAGGAACAGGUUUCUCCCAGCGUCAGAAGAGAGCUGGAGUUUCUGCUACUUCUGGAGGAAUUAGGGUCAGAGGGCAUAGCAGAGACUUUUAUCAAGGAGUUGCACCAUGUCCUCUCACAUCCCCAUGCUGAACAAAAGACGCCAGAGGGUUUGAGGACAACCAAUGCUGCUGUUGAGUCUUGUCUCCAAACCUUACUGGAGAAAAAGAAGCCAAGGCUCGCACAGUCCUUAGCACAUUUCUUACAGGGCCAGCCAUGCGUAGAGGAUUGCAUUCUACAGCACACAUUUAUCCAACAUCUCAUGAAGAAACUGGAAAAGCCUGAGAGAAGGCCAGAAAAAAUGAUGGAGUGGGUGGAGGAAAUAUACGCUGUAUUGUCUGUGAUGCCCUGGAGCUCAAGUAGAAGCAACGGGCAGUUUGAGGCGCUGUGUGAAGCUUUGUGGGCGUCCAGAGACGGCCCCUUGAAAGAGGAGAGGGUCCUGAGUUCACUGCUUCGACCACAAUGUGACACACUGGUGUUUCUGUACUGCUCCACUGCUCUGAGGCUUCAGAGGGAUCAUCUUCUGAGGAGUGCACCAGAAACACAAGCAGACCUCCCUGAAGCAGAGAAACUCACCCUCAGUUUAUGUUGCCACAAAGAUCGUCCCUCCAUUUGGAAAACCAUCUAUUUUGAGUGCCUUAGCAGUGGAAAACACUUCCUCGAACAAGUCUUGGUUACUGCACUUGACCUCAUUAAACACGAAGAGUUUUCUCAGCUGAAAGAUUUACUCCAGUUGGAGUUCCAGCCUUUGUCUCGUCUGCUGCUGCUUCUGGGAUGGACUCAGUGUCGCAGUCUGAGUGCGGCUCAAACGUUGCUACGCAUCCUUCAUAGUGAGCAGGAAGCAGCCAAUGACGCCGUUCUACAGGAGUUUGCUGGUUUGUUGUCCUCUCAGCUUGGAAUUCUUGAAUGGUGUAAAAACAACAAUCCAGAUAUUUCCACUGAGGCUUUACUGGCACAGCUUCACAGUUUGGACAAUCACUCAGCCCUCUACAUUCUGCAUUCCUUGACUCCUUUGGCUCAGUUUGAAGAGCACAAGAUACUCAAUCUGCUACAGCAACUGCCAAAUAAAUCAGGGAAAGAGGACACUAACCCUAUCAGCAGCCUGAGCCCUGGUGUGCAGAAGAACAUAGUUUUGUUCCAGGGAUUCUGUGCCAUGAAAUAUGCUGUUUAUGCUCUUUGUGUGAAUGCACAUAAAUACACCAGUUGUGCUGAGUGUGAGUCCAAGCAGCAGCAUCAACCGCCGGAGGCAGAAAUCAACCAAAACCAAACCUCAACUUCCUCAGAAGGAUGCCAUUUGCUCUUCCAGCAGUACCUGUCAGAAUGCCAACUCUAUCUAGAGGCCGUACCUGCAGUGUUUCGUCUGGAGCUUCUGGAAAAUAUCUUUUCCCUCCUCUUUCUGUCGAGUGCUGAUUUUGCACUGCAGGUGCAAAAAGACACAAACUCAAAUCUGAACACAGGAAGUGCCACUCAGUCACAAUGUUUAUCAAAUGCAAAGAAUUCAAAAGUGGAAGCUGGAACCAAAGCAAAGACAGAUGAGGCAGAAGGAAGCAGGGGAGAUGAUCAGACGAUGCCUCCGAGUUCACCAGCAGGAGUUCCCAAUAGUCACUUAGAUUUAGGACACUUCGUCCAGGGCUGCAGGGGGUUUCUGGUGGAUGUGGUAGCCAUGGAGGGUUUUCUGAAGCUGCUGAAACAAGGGCUGGAGGGCAUGGUUGUGGUGGGACAGCAGGAUGGGGAGGAGGCAGGACGGGCACUGCCUCAGGAUGCCGAGGUGGCGGAGAGCCUCGGCUGCUCGGUGACGGCUGAAACAUUCGGGAGUCGUUUGCAGAGGUUGUCCAAACGCACUGCGGAGGCUCAAUGGAGGCUACAAAUCAUCACCAGCAAUCAAAGCAGCGGAAGUUCAGAGAGUCCUCUACCGAUGUCAACAUACACUCAUUCUACCACAACUUUGGGACGCAGCAAGAGCUCCAGCCUGAGGAGGAGGAGGCGACCAGGCAGAUACUCUACAGAAAGACAAAACUCUGUAGAGAAACACAAUGGAGAAGUUAGCACAAGUGCAUCAGAUGGUGGUGGAGGGACUACAUCAGGAUUUGUGGAACUGGAGGUUUGUCCAUGCGGAGGCCCCCACAGCUGGCUCGUCCCUGCUAUGUUGUCCCCUCCAGAGUCUCUGCUCAUGUCUUGUAUCCGCCGAGGAAACUUCAUGGAGGCACGUCAGGUGUCUCUGGUUUUUGAUCUGGAGGCUUCCACCUGCUGUGGUGAGCUGUUGUUCAUGGAGCAUUACAAGCAAGUUUUGGUGGAGCUGGGGCGGGUGGAGCAGAAGAUGGAGAGCCAGUCUAUGUCUUCAUCCUCAUCGUCUUCAGAGGGUCUGGGGUCAACGGCGGUGCCCGGCACAGGGAGGAGUCGCCUGGGGAGCAGUGGGGCGAGGUCAACGCUACAGGCCAUCGGAAGCGCUGCUGCUGCUGGUGUUGCUUUCUACUCCAUCUCAGACAUAGCAGACCGUCUUCUGAACACCCCGGCUCACCCCAUGCCCUGUCUGGAGGAGGGUUACUGGCUGAGCCGCUGCUCCUCAGACCCCUCUGGUCUCCUUUACACGCUGCUGGAAGAGCUCAGCCCAGCGUCUAUGGCUGCCUUUGACCUGGCCUGUUGCCACUGUCAGCUGUGGAAGACGUCCCGACAGCUGCUGGACACAGCGGAGCGCAGGCUCGGCAGCAGCCUGGAGGACAGAGGAGUAAGAAUUGAUCCUAAAGUUCCACACUCUGAGGGAAUCUGUGGAUUUCCUAUGGUUUUACAACAGAUCAACAAGAUCCUCAAUCAUUCAUCAACUAAUAAGGGCUCUGUCAAAACAGAAGUUGCUGGGGACGACCAGGUUUUUGCGAGUCCAUUUGGUUCCUGCAUUCAGGAAGUGCUGCUGUGUUGUCACCCAACACUGAGUGAAGAGGGCAUCGCAGCUCGGCUCAGUUUGGCUCAGCGUUUGGAGAACACCCUACAUAUUCUGAGUACAGCUAUUGACAACACAGAGGGCACCAUGGGCAGUGCUCUUCUGGGACUCCUGGUGGAACAGGCCAAUCUGAAGCAGUCAGAGCUCGACAGUCACUCUGUUCGCUCAAGCAUGAAGCAUCUGCUUCGUUCUCUGGACCAGCUCUGCCCCUUUGAGCCCGAUGGAGUUCUUGCUAGACCCGAUUAUGUGCGCAGUUUCGUUGAUUAUGUAAACACGCUGGCAUCUGUACUGGUGCGCAGCCUUGGUCCAGAAGACCAGAGCAGUGAUGUGAAGCUUGGGAAUCCACUGUUGGUGCUACUUCAGACUCCAUCUCAGCUUCUGUCUCAUCUACUCUUUGAUAGACAAGUAUCUCCUGACAGGGUACUGUCCUUGGUUCAGCAGGAGGGUUUGCGGCUCAGUGUGCAGAAGGUAGUUGUGCAGAGGUGCUGUGAGACUUUGCCCGUGUGGAUUACCUGUCCAGGAGUUGAGAGGGAGAUAACUCAGACCAUGAAGGAUGAUGGAGUGUUUGGCGUUGCCAGUUUGUCUCUUCUGCUCGAGCAACAUGCCAAAGAGCAUAUGUCAACUUUGGGAAUCGAAGAAACUGUGUCUGAGGAAAGCUCUGACUCCGAGGCUUCAGCGGAAGAUUUCUCUGUCUCAGUCGCCAACCUCUCAAACUCUGCUUCUUCAACUUCAUUGUCACUUUCUUCCACAAACUCUUUUCUUCUCACACCAACAGCCUUGUCUUUCCUGAAGUCUCGUUCCCCUUUACUAGCCAUGCUGGCAUGUUUGACUGCCUGCAAAGGAGAAACUGCCCGUGCACAGUCCACUGGAUGGUCUGGAUAUUUCCGCAGUGGUCGUAAAGAAGUUGUCCUUGAUGGAGAGCAGAUUUCUCGAGAAGCUGAUAACCUCCUGAAGGAGUUCCCCAUCCUGCGAGCCUACUUGCACACCAUGGCUGAACCCGUCUUGGGUACAGCGUUAAUCGAAGGGGAGGAAGUUGAACUCGGGUCAGUGGUCUGUGGGAAACCCCUCAUUAGUCUCUUGCUGUCUGGACCUCAGGAAGAGGUGGCCCAGACUGUGGCUGCAGAGGCUUUCCAGCAAGCGCUCACCUCCAGGGAUCUGAACCGAGCACUGAGCCUCUUGGAGCUGUAUGGACAGAGGUGUGGCCAGGAGGGGGCACUACGAGACCGCUUACUUGCCUGUGCUGCCUUAGAAGAUGGAGAUGGAGGUAUCGGUCAGCUCUUCCGGGUUCAGGAUGCUAACCUGCGUGCCCACGUUGCCCUCCAGGCCCUGGAGCGCUGGCCUCUGUCAGCCUGCCUGGAGCUGCUCGAGUUCUGCCUUAAUGAUCCGACUACUGAGGCCGCACUGAGAACAGACCUGGAGCUCAAAAAGAAAGAACUGGAGAUCUACCGUUGGAUGUUGAAUUUACAGCCUCCUUUGCCCUGGGUGAGUUGGCAAAAGUUGAGAACUGAAUCUAAAACGAACUCGGAGUCUAUGUUAUCAAGGAUGCUGGAGGCAAAGGAGUUUGAUCUCUGUGCACAGUGGGUGGAGCUGUACCCUGUAUCUGAGCAGCUGAAGCUGAAGCUACAGACGGAGCAUUUGCUUCAUCUGCUGGAGAGGGGACAGACAGAUGAAGCUUUUCAGCUGCUUGAGGGCCUCUCGGAUUAUGUGGUCGGCCUCGACGUUUGUGAGCGCGCUCUGGAUCGACGGCCUGGUUUGGCCGCCUGUCAUUUCCUGGCUGACUACCUCACUCUGCAUUUCCAGAGGCAGGUGUCACCAGCGCGUCGACGACACAUACAUGCGCUUCACCUGGGAUCAAAGGUGCUGCUGACUCUACCACCAGCGGCCAGACAGGAUUAUUUCUCUCUGUUGUCUGAGCCCCUGCUGAUGCUGGAGCAGCUCCUGAUGAACCUAAAGGUGGACUGGGCAGAUGUGGCAGUGCAAACCCUGAGGAGCCUUCUGGUUGGGCAGGAGGCUGGCUUUGGUGCAGAGGACAUUGAUAAAAUUUUGUCAGACUAUGCUUGCAAGGCUCUUGACUUCUCAUGCGCCCCCAAAGAAAGGGCCCGAUCUGACUCUGUAAUCAGCCUUCAGGAGGCAUUGAUGCAGUGUCCUGCUCAGGACAGCAGUUCCUCAUCUAGUCGACUUGAAUCUCCUGCUCCUUCAACUCACAGCACACCAACACACACCCCAUCCUCAAACAGCACAGAGAGGGACAAAGAUCGAGUGUCAGUCGGGAGAAACCGACGCUCAUCUGUCAAGUUCCAGCCUCCAGACCAACCACCAGCCCGCAAAGACUGGGUCCCUGACACCCAGCAGCAUGUGUGCAUGGUCUGCCAACGUGAGAGGUUCACUAUGUUCAACCGACGGCAUCAUUGUCGCAGAUGUGGCCGUCUGGUUUGUCAGGCAUGCUCUGAACGAAAGAUGCUGGUGGAGGGAUGUCUGGGGGAAGAAGUCCGAGUCUGUGACCAGUGUUAUGCCUACUUUCACCCAGAUUCUGAUGAUGAGCAGGAACCAGCGGAGGUGGCCGGGAGCCCAGUGGUGACAGAAGAAGCUCUAGACGGGAUGCUGCAUCUACCUGAAGUUGUCCAUCGACAAAUGCAACUUGGCACAAACCCUGCAGAGAACCAGCUUCUGCGGAGCGAGUUUUACUUUGAACAGGCCCCCAGUGCAUACCUCUGCGUGGCCAUUUUGUCUCUGCACAGUGACCAAACAGCCUGUGGUCAUCAGCUCAUCAGCCACUGCCGCUCACUGUCACGUAAACUGACCAACCCGGAGGUGGACGCCUGCCUCCUCACUGACAUCAUGAAGCAGCUGCUGUUUAGUGCCAAACUGAUGUUUGUUAAGGUUGGCCGCAGCCAGGACCUCGCCUUGUGUGACAGUUACAUCAGUAAAGUAGAUGUGCUUAAGAUUCUAGUGAUGGCCAAUUACAAGUAUGUCCCCUCGUUGGAUGACAUUUUGGAGACGUCUGCUGUCACACGUCUCCGUAACCAACUAUUGGAAGCAGAGCAUUAUCAGCUGGCAGUGGAGGUUUCUACUAAGAGUGGACUCGACCCUGGCGGUGUUUGGCAAGCGUGGGGCAUGGCGUCUCUGAAGGCAGGGAACCUUUUAGCGGCAAGAGAAAAGUUUACCCGCUGCUUAAAGGCUCCAGUGGAUCGCAAUCAGCUCAACUUGGGCCCUUUACUGCUGCAGGAGAUUGUCCAACACCUGGAGAGCAGUGUCCGACCCACUCUAUCCACAUCUUUUGGUGAGGACAUCUUGGCAUCACUACGGGAGCUGGAGGACGCCCUGUGCGAGGCCAGUCCCGUGGAGCGACCAGAGGGACAGAGCCCCAGCAGUAUCCUCCAUCAGGAAUGUCUGUACUACCUGAACACAUACGGCACACACCUGGCUCUGAUCAGCUUCUACAUGCGUCACGACUGCAUGAUGGAGGCCCUGACAUACCUGCUCAACAAGGACUGCCCAGAGGAGGUGUUUCUGGAGGGUGUGUUGCAGCCCAGUCUGGAGCGGGGGCGUGUUGGCACGCUGGAGGGGAUACUGGAAAAGCUGGACCCCGGCUUGGAAGCAUGCAGUCGAUAUCUUAUCGCCUCCUGUCAACUGCUGCAGCGACGGGGAUACUUCCACACACUCUACCAGCUCCAGCAGUUCAUGAUGGAUCAUGUACGAGCAGCUAUGACCUGUAUCCGUUUCUUCACACACGGAGCCAGCUCAUAUUUGCAGUUGGGGGAGCAGCAGCGCUGGUUGGUCAGAGCCAAGGAACACUUAAGAACAUACCUCCAAGAGCAGCAGGGUCGGGGGGUUGGGAGGAGGAGGUCCCAAGUCAACUCAUUCAGGAAAGCAAUGUCAUCCAGUGACGUCUCCAGACACAUGAACACCAUUGAGCUUCAGCUGGAGGUGACUCGAUUCCUCCACCGCUGUGAGACUGCAGCCUCUUCUAAGUCUCCACAGACCAGUACACCAUCCUCAAAGUCUGGAUCCAGCUCUCCACCUACACUGUUUGGAGGAAGCCCCAUGAAGGUUGAGGUCGCUUGCAAGGUGAUGCUUGGAGGAAAAAACAUAGAGGAAGGUUUUGGUAUUGCAUACAGAGUCAUACAGGACUUCCAGCUGGAGGCCCAGGCGGUCUACAUGCGAGCGGGGCAGAGACUUGUCCGACAGAGACAGUACGGAGCCGUGAGACAGCUGCUCAAAUGUGUCGGUGAAUCAGGCACCGCCACCAAGAAUGACUGUGAUGCCCUCAUCCUCAGCUGUGUGUCCACGGCAGAUAAGUCACCAGCUGAUGCAAAGGAGCUGGAAAGUCUCAUUCUGGAGACCAAGAGCACAGAAAGCAAGAUCAAAGCCUACCUACUGUGCAGUAAACUUCGUCCAGCCUACCUGCUGGCUGUUAAGCUGGACCCAAGUCGAGCCGGCCCAUUGGUCCAGGAUGUCCUUCAGGCCGCCGAGGGAGCGCAGGACUCAGUGAUGCAGAAUAUUUGCCGACAGUGGCUAUCUGAGCACCACAACAAGUCAUCUCAGCAGCGCCAAGGCCGACCCAGCGCCAGGUAAAGGCUCAGUUGGCACAGCAAGGAUUUACACAGCCCGUACUUUAACUGAAAACAGAAAAGCACGUCUCAUGUUUCUUCUACACACUGUACACGAAGUGACAUUUGCUGCCUUGAAAACUGGUCAGACAACUUACAUAAAUCACACUUCAAACCUACAGAAAUGUUAAAAAACAUUUCAGGAAAAACUACACAAUUGCAGCGAGAUUGGCUUUCUGCUCAGAUCUUCCCAUAUAUAAUGACAUUAAAGGCCUUCUUAGUAAACCUUUGGCUCCAGUUGUACCACGCUAACACUUUAGCAUAGUCUGUGUAGAUUGCAUAUUGUCCUGCAUUAUCAAGGAAAGAAGAUUUAUCCUUAAAACAUUUUAACACUUUGUAUUAUAUUGCCUGUAGAAUUAUAAAUGUAAAAAUUAUUUAAUGCAUUGUUAUGGAUAAUACAGUAUUUUCACUUUCAUUUUCAUAAUAAUUUCUGGUGAAUACACACAUUUUCAUUCACUGCACAUGUCAUAUUCCCACCAAGAGUCACUGUAACGCACAAACAUCAGAGAUUUCUGUUACGCCAUGUUAUUUGUUGUCUGUAAAUCAGUAGCUAAUGCUAAAGCUAAUCAGUUAGCAUGGAAAUUGGAGUCAAAAGGUUAAUAUGUCUGCGUUUGAUUAAAUUAUUUAAAUUAUUACUAAUUAGAAAACUAGGUAUAAUAUAGUGUUUUGAGUCUAGGUGUAGGUAGACACAGAAUCUACUAUAAAGAACCUUCCUGUCUGCAAAGUGAAUGAAACACCACUGUGCUUUACUUCCACUCCUAAAAAUGUUUAUCUCAUCUUCAUUUCAUAAUAAAGGAAAAAUGUUACCACACCAGAAUGACAACAACCAUGACACAAUGACUUAUACAAGCAUAUUUUUAACAAGCAUGUAUCUCCUACCUCAGCCAAAAGGGAAACUCUCUUUAACUGACAUCAGAGCCUCUGACAAAUGUGUAAAUCUUUUACGUCCUUAUUGUCUGUGUGUGUGGAUAACGUUUUUAUUAAGAUGUAAACGUAAGCAGUUGUGAAUCUACAGAUGUCUCCUUCACCUCCAAAGUAACCCUACAUGUUUAAUCCUUGAAAAACUGCAAAUGUCAUGUCUUGUUUUUCGGUUUCUGAUGAUGCUGUUUACUUGUUUUAGCCGGUUUUAUAGACUUUUCAGACCAGCUUCAGUGUUUUUUCCCUUUGGAAAUUAAAAUCAAGAAUUAAUUGUAUUUAAGGGCAUUUAGGUUGAUGUUCAGAGACAGAAAUGACGGAUGCAUGAAGGGACCCACUCAGUCAUAAAUCAGCUUGUUUUUAUGUGAUGUUUAUAAAAGAAAAAAAAAAGCUUUGCUAAUUUUAAAUCAUGCUUUUCAUUUUGUUCUCAUGGGAUCCAUGUGUAUCAGUCAAAACUUUUUUUUUUUUAAAAAGGGAUGUAAUCUUUGUCACAUUUUUCCUGAAACAAGUCAUCAUCAUUAUAAACCAGUGCUUACUGUCCUAUACCAAUAGUCUUUGAUGUUGCUAAGCUGCCUUUAAAGGAUGCUGUAAUGUUAGAGAACACACUGUGUUAUUCGGCUUGCAUUCUCUUGAAGACUGAGACAGAAUUACUUGUAGAGUGAGUUUUGGAUCAUGAAGACAUUAAAUGGAGCCAGUUUAGACUUUUGGGAUGCACAUUUUUGACAUUCUUGCACUGUAAUCCUCCUUACCUUGGACUGUUCAUCACUGCCGCACUUUAUACUUAGUUUAAAAAAAAAAGACAUUUUUUGGGGAAAACUUGUAAAAUACAUGAUGUAGUUCACUUACUGCUUAAUGAUGCAGUGAUUAAUGAUUUUGGAACCCUCCCUCCCUUGUAAAAUAAAAUCUAAUUAAAUAAUAAAAAAAAAUGUGAAAUAUGUAAAA